GUGACCAUCGUCCGCGCAUCAUCUUAACUCGCGAAAUGUUACGAGUUGUUUUUGCUAUCUCUUUGCAAAACUGCCAGAUAAAAACCAGAAAGCAUUCGAAAACGAGUUUGGGCAGUCUUUGUCCGUUAAUCACCGUACUAGCGAUGUGAAAACAGGGAACACCAGGCGCAAUGCCGGUGUGUAGUGCAAGUUCCAAUUCCUAUCGGCAAUGUUUGCGAGAGUUACUUUCUAUCCUUCCCUGUUGUACAACGUGUUGAUGGAGAAAGUAACAUCACGGAAUUGGUAUGAUCGAAUCGACGAACACGUCAUACUGGGUGCCCUGCCUUUCCGUUCGGUGGCACAAGACCUUAUACGCAAAGAGAAUAUAAAAGCGGUUGUGUCCAUGAAUGAAGAUUACGAACUGUGGGCAUUUUCAAAUAAUAAAGCCAAAUGGGCUAAGCUAGGAGUAAAAUUUCUGCAACUUGAAACAACUGAUAUUUUUGAAACACCUUGCCAAGACAAAUUAUGGCAGGGUGUAAACUUUAUCAAUCGAUUUCUACCUGAAACUGAAAAAAUACCAGAAUUAUCACUCACAAAUCAACCUUCCGAUGAACCUGGAUCUGUUUACAUACAUUGCAAGGCGGGUAGAACAAGAAGUGCGACGCUCGUGGGGUGUUACUUAGUUAUGAAAUACGGAUGGACCCCCGAAGAAGCAGUUGGUCACAUGCGCGUUUGCCGUCCUCACAUCUUGCUUAGAAGUAAACAAUGGGAUGCCUUGCGCUUAUUUCAUCAAACAAAAUGUACUUCAACCCGAAAAAAUUGGAUUGAGGAAUAGUGCGGAUUAUUGCUUUGCUAAUACCUUCUGUUAAUGUACAGUGUGUCAGAUAUAAAUGAAAGUUUUUUUAUCAUUCAUCAUACGAUUGGUAAAGGAAAAAUACACGUCCCUCAACGGUUAAUAAAAUAAUAAUUAUU